AUGUCAACAACUUUGGCAGCAACAGCAAAAUUUAAGAACUUGCUCCUGAAUCUACAUACCCACUGUAUUGGGCUACACGUCAAUGAUGUGACACCUAGAGUGUACAUUAAGUUGGUGAUACGGCAUCUCCUACAAAUAUCCGGAUCUAACGCUGCUCACCCUAAGCAAAGAAGAAGAGCCCAGGUUUUAUUAGUAACACUGUUUGUGUCUGGUGCGACACUUUUAUCAGGUGUAACCUAUGGUGCUUUCAGAUUCAUUUCAAAAUGUUAUAAAUUCUACAAGUACCCGUGGAAGAGAAAGAAUAGAAGAACCCUGAUAAGGAGAACAAGAUCACAGAUGCAAUUAGAUAGCGGUGCAAGAAUAAUGUAUAUUCCUGAAGUGGAACUACUCGAUCGUAAGAGCUCCGACAACAGCAAAUUUAUGAACGCUAUAGAUAAGAAGAAAAGGAAAAGAAUCUUUAUUCCUCCAAAGGAUGACGAUAUAUAUGAGCAUGACAAGUUCCUUUUUAAAAAUGUAGAAUUAGAGAGAACCAGGAAUUCGCAGUUAUUUUACUCGAAGUUCUUAAAUCAAAUGAACGUUCUGUCCAGGAUCUUGAUUCCAACAGUAUUUGAUAAAAACUCACUUCUUUUAACGGCACAAAUAUUCUUUCUAGUAAUGAGGACCUGGCUCUCUUUGCUUGUGGCCAAGUUGGAUGGACAUAUAGUCAAAAAUAUAAUUGCUGGCAGAGGAAAAAGCUUUCUAUGGGACUUGGGGUGUUGGUUUUUAAUUGCCGUUCCUGCCUCUUAUACCAAUAGUGCUAUUAAAGUACUUCAAAGAAAGUUGAGUCUAAACUUUAGGGUGAACUUAACACGUUACAUUCAUGAUAUGUAUCUGGAUAAAAGGCUGACAUUUUACAAAUUAAUUUUUGAUGCAAAGGCAUCCAAUUCAGUUAUUAAGAAUAUCGAUAAUUCAAUUACUAAUGACGUUUCAAAGUUUUGCGAUGCAACAUGCUCCGUUUUUGCAAAUAUUGCAAAGCCAGUUAUUGAUCUAAUAUUUUUUUCAAUUUAUUUACGUGAUAAUUUGGGCACUGUUGGAGUGGCAGGUAUAUUUGUUAAUUAUUUUAUUACAGGCUUUAUAUUGAGAAGAUAUACGCCACCAUUGGGCAAAUUGGCAAACGAAAGAUCUGCUUCUGAUGGUGAUUACUACAAUUAUCAUUUGAAUAUGAUUAACAACAGUGAAGAGAUCGCAUUCUAUCAAGGAACUGCCGUAGAAAGGACGAAAGUUAAAGAACUGUAUGACGUUCUAAUGGAUAAAAUGUUAUUAGUUGAUAAAUGCAAAUUUGGCUAUAACAUGCUCGAAGAUUAUGUGUUAAAAUAUACAUGGUCGGGUUUAGGUUACGUUUUUGCCUCCAUCCCCAUCGUUAUGUCUACAUUAGCAACUGGUAUCAAUUCGGAGGAAAAAAAUAUGAAGGAAUUCAUAGUCAAUAAAAGGUUGAUGUUGUCGCUCGCAGACGCAGGCUCUAGGUUAAUGCACUCAAUAAAGGAUAUUUCACAAUUGACUGGAUAUACAAAUAGAAUUUUUACUCUGCUCUCCGUUUUGCACCGGGUUCACUCUCUAAAUUUUAAUUAUGGAGCUGUUCCUUCAAUAUUAUCGGUAAGUAAGGAAAAUGGUUCCAAAAAUUCAAAUUUGUUACUCAAUACGGAUAACCCACAAGAUGCUAUCCGUGGCACUAUCCAAAGUAAUUUCAACGGUAUCAGAUUGGAAAAUAUAGACGUAAUUAUUCCAUCGGUGAGAGCAAGUGAAGGCAUAAAACUAAUCACCAAGCUUACUUUUCAGAUUCCUCUACAUAUUGAUCCCAUAACUUCAAAGUCUAAUUCAAUACAAGAUUUAUCUGAGGCAAAUGACAUAAAGUUACCAUUUUUGCAGGGCUCUGGCUCAAGCCUGUUAAUAUUGGGGCCCAAUGGGUGUGGUAAAAGUUCUAUUCAGCGAAUUAUAGCGGAAAUCUGGCCAGUAUACAACAAAAAUGGAUUACUGUCAAUUCCUCCGGAAAAUAACAUCUUUUUUAUUCCUCAGAAACCAUACUUUAGUAGAGGCGGAACUUUAAGAGACCAAAUUAUAUAUCCCAUGUCUUCUGAUGAAUUCUUUGACAGAGGCUUCAAGGACAAGGAGCUAGUUCAGAUAUUAGUGGAAGUUAAACUAGAUUAUCUCUUGAAAAGAGCCGUUGGUUUAACCUAUUUAGACGCUGUUGCCGAUUGGAAGGAUUUACUAAGUGGUGGUGAAAAGCAAAGAGUAAAUUUUGCUAGAAUCAUGUUUCAUAAACCAUUAUACGUAGUAUUGGAUGAAGCUACGAACGCAAUAAGUGUCGACAUGGAAGAUUAUUUGUUCAAUCUUCUGAAGCGAUACAGAUUCAAUUUCAUAUCCAUAUCACAAAGACCAACAUUGAUAAAAUAUCAUGAAAUGCUGUUAGAGAUCGGUGAGAAUCGGGAUGGUAAAUGGCAAUUACAGGCAGUCGGUACAGAUGAAGCAAUCACAUCAAUUGACAACGAAAUAGAAGAGUUAGAGAAGAAGUUAGAGAAAGUAAAAGACUGGGAGGACGAGAGAGAGAAACUGCGAAAAAAGCUCGAAAUCAUUUAA